AUGGCCCUGGAGUUUGGUGUUGAUCCGAACGCGGUGAACUCCACCGGCGACACGGCCCUGCACUAUGCCGCCAUGUCCGGCAACUUGGACCUGGUUGAAAAGCUCAUCGCGGCCUCGGCUAGUCUCAACGUUGCCAACGACCACGGCAACAUCCCGCUGCAUUACUCGUGCUUCUGGCGCCAUGAGCACAUUUCACGGUUCCUCAUUGAGAAGGGCGAGCUUGUGACCGCGGUCAACUCCUUCCAGAAGUCCCCCCUUGACCGUGCCGGCCCCGAGCUGUCCGCCGCUCUCCUGGAGUUUGCCCAGCAGUGCGGUCAGGAGACCUCGGCCCAGGUGCAGCUUCCCACCCGUAACUUCGAGGAGGCCGAGAGCAUCGCCCGCAUUCGGUUCCUCAUCAAGAAUGCUCCCUCCUGGCAGGUCAGCUCCAACCUGCUGGACUUCCAGGAGCUUCUGGCUUCGCCGUCGCCCUUCGCCUCGGUCUACAAGGGCGAGUGGUCCGGCUUCCAGGUGGCCAUCAAGCAGCCGCAUCCGCACAUCCAGGAGAACAAGCAGAUGACCUCCAACAUGGAGCUGGACAUCCUGGACAAGCAGGUCACCAUGAUGCGCGACCUUUUCCAUGUCAACCUGCUGCCGAUCCUGGCCGGGUGCACGGAGCGCGGCAACUGGUGCCUGGUCACCGAGUUCCAGCCCGUUGGCAAUCUCGGUCUCCUGCUCCAGGACCCGGCUUACUCGAUGGAUCAGUACCAGGCCAUUCGCUUUGCCGUGGAGACCUGCCGCGGCGUGGCCUUCCUCCAUGAGAAUGGCAUCCCGCAUGGGGCGCUCAAGCCGUCCAACAUCCUGGUCACCGAUGAUGGUGGCAUUCGCAUCACCGACUACGGGCUGUCCAAGGUGAAGGCCUUCCGUGGGUCGUAUGGCGGCGCGCAGAUUUUCGAACCGCACUGGAUUGCCCCGGAGAUCUUCCUUGAGGAGCCGCACCCCGACAAGGACAUUCGCCCGGCCGAUGUCUACGCCUUCGGCAUGGUUCUCUUCAUGAUUGUGACUCGUCUUCUGCCCUUCGAGUCGAUGCAUCCCAUGGCCAUCGGUCAUAAGGUUGUCACCCAGUCCCUCCGUCCGACCAUGCCAUACUUCGUGCCGGAGCACCUGUCCAAGCUGAUCUCCCUGUGCUGGCAGCAGGACCACACUCGCCGCCCGUUGAUUGGCCAGGUUCUCCCGAUCUUGGAGAAGCUCCACUCCUGA